GUAUUUUUAUGUAUUUAUCGCUUCCAUACAUCGUUGAGGUUCAUUCUGCCUGUUGAGUUGAGCAUUGUGUGUGCGUGAGAUCAUCCACUUUUUCUCAUCGUCGCCACUUUACACUCUAAUGGAAGCAGUCUAAUUGAAUGCAAAUAGGCAACCGCGAACGUCGGUCGGAAAGAAUAAUUCGAUAAAUUUGGUGCAAUUUUAUGCUGUAUGUGGUGUGUUGUGUUCCAUGUCAGAUAUUGUGUAAGUUUUUCGGAAUUCCAGGCAAGUGGUUGGAGCUUGGACCCUUAGGAACGAUCGAAUUCGGUGGGCCAAAUUCUGACGGAAAUCUCCUGGAAUUUUGCUUACACACGAUCAUCGAACAAGGGCAACCGAAUACGGAACGUAACGGGGAGCGGAGUGGUAGAGAAAACUCGAGAGGAGAGCAGAUCGGAAACAUCAAUGAUGAGACGUCACUGACUUACAAACAAGACUGCUAUUCCAUGGUGAUGACGAUGAUGAUAAUGAUUGCGAUCGAGUGAAAAAUAUACCAUCAAUUUAAUGAAGUAAUAACGAAACUCGGUGAUCAUUCUCGCUAUGUGAUAUUUGUGUUUGUGGAUUUUUCUAGCGCUCGAUUGGAAUUGUUAACUAUCGUCUACACUUCUAAUGAAUGUAAUUUAAAUAAAACAGGUGUCAAGCUCACUAACUGGCCGUUUACUGAAAAGUGGUAUAGUGUAUAAAAACUAUAGUAAUUAGUGAUAUAAAUUGUGUGUUGAGAAAAAUUCAAAUAUGAAUGAAAUCGAAGCUCUAAGAAUAGAGGCGGAGCAGUUGAAAAAUGCCAUUCGGGAUGCGCGGAAAGCCGUCUGUGAUACUUCGAUUCUGCAGGCGACCAAUCAUCUGGAAGCAGUUGGACGAAUUCAGCUCCGAACCAGACGCACCCUGCGAGGACAUUUAGCCAAAAUUUAUGCCAUGCAUUGGGGGAGCGAUUCGCGAUAUUUAGUGUCCGCCUCACAGGAUGGCAAAUUAAUUGUGUGGGAUUCUCAUACCACCAACAAGGUUCAUGCAAUACCACUGAGAUCUUCUUGGGUAAUGACAUGUGCUUACGCCCCGUCUGGUAAUUAUGUAGCCUGUGGCGGUCUAGACAACAUCUGUUCAAUCUACAACCUUAAAACACGCGAAGGCAACGUUCGAAUCGCACGAGAGCUCGGAGGACACACCGGAUAUCUAUCCUGUUGUCGUUUCCUCGAUGAUAACCAAAUCGUCACUAGUUCCGGUGAUAUGUCCUGCGCUCUUUGGGAUAUAGAAACGGGUCAACAGGCAACAUCUUUCCAGGGUCACACCGGCGAUGUGAUGGCCCUUUCGUUAGCACCACAGGGCAAGACAUUCGUUUCUGGAGCAUGUGAUGCUACUGCCAAACUGUGGGACAUUCGGGACGGUCAGUGCAAGCAAACAUUCCCUGGACACGAGAGUGAUAUCAAUGCGGUGGCGUUCUUCCCCAAUGGUCAGGCAUUCGCAACGGGCUCGGAUGACGCUACCUGUCGUCUGUUCGAUAUUCGUGCGGAUCAGGAGCUGGCAAUGUAUUCGCACGACAACAUUAUCUGCGGAAUUACUUCGGUAGCGUUCUCAAAAUCCGGUCGAUUGCUGUUGGCCGGGUAUGAUGACUUCAACUGCAACGUGUGGGACACGAUGAAGGCCGAGCGAGCCGGCAUCCUGGCGGGACACGAUAACCGCGUGUCUUGUUUAGGUGUUACCGACAACGGAAUGGCUGUCGCCACCGGAUCGUGGGAUUCCUUCCUGCGUGUUUGGAACUAGGUCUCGUAAGUGGAAUCUAACCGAAAUGAUGUAUCGAAGGAUGAGCGCACAAUAUGGAAACGAGCUUACAACAACGAACCAAAUCGCUGAGUGGAAAGAACACGCAAUUGCAUCUAUGUUGUGUGCCUUGAUCCGCAUGAUCCGUACAACAGUCCGGUCGAAGCAAACUCCGCCGAUGUUAGCAUGUUCCAGAAGAAAAGAGAAGAUGAUAGUGCGAAUAUUCUUCGGAAGCAGCUCACGUAAGCCAAAAGUUAUUAAUAAUAACAAGUGCCUUCAAAUUGUUAUAAUCGCACCAGAUUAAUCACCAUUCAUAUUCAGUAAUUUAUACGAAAACAAUUUUCCCGGUAGCAAUUAUUAGUAACUAAUGUAUUGUACGAACACACAUCAAUAGCGUGGCAAAGAAAAAAAACGAUAAUUUUUAAGUGGUACCAAUUAGCUAUUGUUUAUCUGUCAUUCUUAAUAGAAUUUCAUUAAAUUACCCGCUAUCUGUAUAAGUUUUAUGCAUUCGCAAGAGAUAAAAAGUACACAUUUAUUUUAAUAUACUAUUUCGAUCUAUUUGAUGGGCUCGCUUUGUUUCACUAGUGUUAAGCAUAAUGGAACGGCCUAAUAGAUAAACGCGCACACAGUUGUCCGGAACGAUCGAAACCAAUUAUUGUCUUUUCCACAAAUCCAGAGCAUCCAGCUAUAGAAACAUUGUUCUGUUUGAACUAGAUGAUGGAGCGAAACAACAAGAGAAAUAUUGAUUCAAAAUUUGACCAGUUAUCCAGUUACACGUAUAAGUAGAUUGUGAAAAGAAGUUUUUAACUAUUUGAUAAUAUAUUCUUAGGUUGGAAAAAUG